AUGAGUCAUUCAGGAGAUCGUUUUACAGAUAUUGAACUGGAAAAUAAACGUUUGCCAGCAUGUUUUGGUUAUAUUGCUUGGAAAUUAUUAUCUCUUGAAGAUGCGAUGAAAGAAUUACAAGAUUUUCUAAUAGAAAUAAAUCGUUUUGUUAAAUUAGCAAAAAAAUAUUGUACAUAUCCAAAUGAUUAUAAUUUAACAAAAGAUGAAUCUGCUGCAAUUUAUAUUUAUACUAUGGAAAUGACUGAUGAUUCAAGUGUUUAUCGAGUUUUAAAUCAAACACUUCGACUAGAAGAUCGAUCAAAAGUUCGUCCAUGGUUUGGAUAUUUAAAACUUCUAGAUUCUGCAACAUCGAAAUUACCGAGAUUUAAAGGAAUUAUUUAUCGUGGAAUUGAUAAGGAUGUUACUAUGAAAUUUAAAAAAGGUCAGAGAAUUACUUGGUGGAGUAUAAGUUCAUGUUCAACAUCUAUUAAUGUUAUUUCUUCAUUUCUUCAUAAAACUUCUUCAAGUACAUUAUUUAAUAUUGAAUGCUUAAAUGGAAAAUCCAUUUCAUCAUAUACAUGUUAUCCAAAUGAAAACGAAGUUAUUUUAAUGCCUGGAACGAUGUUUGAAGUUGUAUCUGAUCCAUUAAGUCAUCAUGGUGGAUUAAAUAUUAUUCAUCUAAAAGAAAUUAGUGAUGAUGAUGACGAUGAUGAUGAUGAACCACCAAAUCCAAAACAAAGUCAAACAAAAAAAUAUAAAUUUCAACAAUCUGCAAUUACUGUUGCUGGAGGAAAUGAACGUGGACAGGAAUUAAAUCAACUCAAUAAUCCUUACGGAACCUUUAUUGAUAAUGAUAAAUCAAUUUAUAUUGCUGAUUCUAAUAAUCAUCGUAUUGUUAAAUGGAAAUUGAAUUCAAAUACUGGUCAAAUCAUUGCAGGUGGAAAUGCACAAGGAUAUGAAAAUAAUCAAUUGAGUUAUCCAACAGAUAUAAUUUUUGAUAAAAAUAAUAAUUCUUUUAUUAUUUGUGAUAGUGAGAACAAAAGAGUAAUUCGAUAUUUUGGCAAUAAUCCAACAAGUCAACAAAUUAUUAUUUCAAAUAUUAACUGUUCUCGUAUAACAAUUGAUAAAAACGGAUUUAUUUAUGUUUGUGAUUCUCAGAAUAAUGAAGUUAGACGAUGGAAACAAGGAGAUAAAAAAGGUGAAUUAGUUGCAGGUGGAAAUGGUCAAGGAAAUCAUCUUAAUCAGCUCAAUUUCCCUGCUUUUAUGUUUAUUGAUGAAGAUUAUUCUCUUUAUAUAUCAGAUCGUGACAACCAUCGUGUGAUGAAAUGGAAAAAAAAUGCAAAAGAAGGAAUUAUUAUUGCUGGUGGAAAUGGUCAAGGAAAUAGUCUCAAACAAUUAUCUUGUCCUCAAGGAGUGAUUGUUGAUCAUUUGGGUCAAAUGUAUGUAGCAGAUUGUUUGAAUCAUCGAGUGAUGCGUUGGUGUGAAGGAGAUGAAGAAGGUGGAAUUGUUGCUGGUGGAAACGGCAAAGGAAAUGAAUCAAAUCAAUUGGAUCGCCCCACAGGUUUAUCAUUUGAUAAUGAAGGAAAUCUUUAUGUUGUUGACUGGGGAAAUGAUCGAAUCCAAAAAUAUGAAAAAAUUUUAAAUUAA